AUGGACGAGGAUGAGCUGAGAGACUUUCUCCCUACCUCGUUUGGAGGUUCGGGAGGUCCGUUUGAUCCAGAAGAACAGAUAGAAACAGCCAGGCGGGUAGUGCCUGGCGCUGGAAAAUUGUCCAAACCAGCCAAAUCAACAAGUUCAAGAAACAACAGCAGUUCCGAUGACGACUCAGAAGACGACGGUGAUUCAGAGGACGAAGACGACCAUCCCGUAAGUCACGAGAUUGUCUUCAAGACUCAUAAUCGUCCAAUCACCACAAUAACGGUUGAUCCAGCUGGAUCACGAAUGAUAACCGGCUCGAUGGACUGUACCAUCAAACUACACGAUUUUGCUACCAUGACGCCGAACACACUACGGGCUUUCAAAUCUGUCGAUCCUUCGGCGACGAAACCAGCGACGAGUUCUGAAACCCAUCCCGUGCAUGUUGCGAAAUUCAAUCCAAAUUCGCCGAGCCAGGUGCUCGUCGUUUUAGCCACACCGCAAGCCAGGAUAUUGUCUCGGGAUGGCGAAACCCAGGUUGAGUUUGUUAAAGGAGACAUGUACUUGCGAGACAUGAACAUGACCAAGGGCCAUAUCAGCGAGAUAACAAACGGCACGUGGCAUCCGACGAAUUACGACCUGUGCGUCACAGCCGGAACAGACAGCACAUUACGGAUCUGGGACGUCAACAUGCGAAUAAAGCAGAAGGAUGUGAUUGUACACAAGUCCAAACUAGCAGGCUCUGCUGGACGUAGUCGAAUGACAGCAGUAACAUGGGGGAGUCAGGUCGAAGGAGGAAGCAGUCUUCUUGUAGCAGCUGCCCUUGACGGCUCCAUAUUGAUGUGGGGAGGAGAAGGACCAUACACGAGACCAAGUGGCGAGAUCAACAACGCCCAUACACCGAACACCUGGACCAGUGGCAUCGACAUCAGCUCCGAUGGUAGGCUUGUCGUGACCAGGGGCGGCGACGACACGGUCAAGCUCUGGGACACGCGGAAAUUCAAACAACCCGUCAACACCACCACUCACACCUCGACAUCAAGCCAAUAUCCCACCUCAAACAUCCAAUUCGCGCCCAACUCCUCCUCCAUCAUCACCGGCUCCGAGUCUGGAGACCUCUACAUCCUCAACCCAGCGACCCUUAAACCCGAACUCGUUACCCCAAUCACGCCCGGCUCCGCGCUCAUCACAGUCCUCUGGCACGACAAACUCAACCAGAUCCUGACGGGCGGCGCCAACGCCGAAACACAUGUCCUCUUCAACCCCAAAAGCUCCACCAAAAAGGGCGCGCUCAUGGUAAUGUCGAAACAACCCAAACGACGCCACGUCGACGACGACCCGAGUCUAACAACCGACAUGUCGCAAGGCGUGUCAGGUGACGCGAUUAUGAACCCAGGGACAAGCAGCGAGGCGAUCUCAGGCCGCAGCACAUUUUCCUCACGCCACCCGACCAUCGGGCUGACCGCGUCCGGCAAAUCACGCGACCCUCGCCGGCCGCACGUCCCUGCGACAACGCCGUUCUCGAAGAACCAGCCCGACCAGAAACAUAUCAAGGAGCGCAUCCCGCUCAGCUCCAUGCGCGAAGAGGAUCCGCGCGAAGCGUUGCUCAAGUACGCUGACAAAGCGACGAAUGAUCCAUUGUUUACGAAUGCCUGGAAGACGACCCAGCCAAAGACGAUUUAUGCGGACUUGAGUGAUGACGAAGAUGAGAGCGUGAAGCCGAAGAAGAAGGUUAAAUUUUGA